CUCCGACCCAAACCAAACCAACCCAGACGGAGUCAGCCACGAUCUUCUGUUUGGUUUUCUUGCUUGCGCCAUCAGACUAUCCUCUUCUUCUCCUUUCUCCUUCUCCUUUCUCCUACUCCUCUUCCUUCUCUUCUACUCUCAUAACCUCCUCCUCAUCAUCAUCAUCCGUCAGCAUCACCACCUUCGACUUCCUCCCGCACUCUUCCUCGACCGCCCCCUCGUCCUCCGCUAUCGCAAUUGCCCAAGCCCACCCGCCUCGAACGAGUGUGUGCUUUUUCCCGCGCGACCCUCCGCUGGUUCCCAACAAACUGGGAACGCGCUAGAGUUCUGGCCAGCUCGUCGAGGUCUUCUUAAUCCACCCCUCGCAGACCCUGUAUGGACUGCGGGAGUACUGGCACCGCUGCGGGCAUCGACCCCAAAAUCCUCGAUAAUUGGCAAACUGACAACUUUCCCUCUUCCGCUUACGAGCAUCCGGGCUACGAACAACCGCUGGAGUGGGAUACAAGCCAAGAUUCCAGCCAGGGCGAUGCCGACAUCGUCGAGAUAAAUGGCCUUCAUGGCUCUCUCGCACGGGAUCAGCCCAGUGUCUCUAUGGUCGCACAGCCCGAUGAUUAUCAAGGGAGUGAUUACAGUAAACAACCAGGCACCUCCACCCCCGACAAGUUUAGCAUAGUUGACGGCACAAUCUCUGGCACAGUCAGUGCCACCAUCAGUCCUAGAACUCUGCCUUCCUCCGCCGACGAUAACUUCCAUCUGGAUGAGUCAUGGCCCCAGUUUCAAUUGUUCAACACAAUCUCGGUUGGCAUCCCUAGGGAAGCCGGGCUUCUCUAUCCAUACAUCAAGGAACCCGUUGCCUCCACCAACACAGUCAUUGUCGAAGAUUCCGGAGACCUUCCGCAAGGACAAGGAUUUCCAGAUGUGCCUUCCGAUCAAUUCGUGCAGUUUCAGGCACUGCCGCGAGCGUUCGCCUUCCCUUCCGCGGAUUCUUGGCCCGAAGCGCCUGCCGCUUGUACUGACGAUAUCACCCACCAAACUCCAAUGUCGCUUGCUAUUGGCCCGCAGUCAGCGACCAAGGGCGUUCCCAUGCGCAGCUACCACGCACAUGUGCGGUCUCUGGAUUCACGUUGGCUAGACAGCUUGGAAGCUCAGUUACCAAGCAAUAUGACCUCCCCUACGUCGAUGUCGAUACCGCAGGAGGCUCCCUACUUCAAAGAAGAGCCAAAACAGGACGGCUUUCAGUACAAGUCGGCGAGUUCAUCGGUGUCGGGAGAUUUCUCCACUAUGUACGACCCUUACUCAGCCACGACUGACGGCAUUCCCGCUUUUGACGACCGAGCGCUGGACGACGAAUGGAAGGAUACCCAAAGCGAUGAUCCGCCAUCCGAUACAGCGCAACCUCUGCAAAAUGCCACUGCUUUCAUGGUCAGCGAGAACCCAGCCGAUUCCUAUUACGUUCCAGUUGAUUCUCGACCGCGAGCCCCGUCCGCCCCCCAGCGAGCGCCUGCACGGCCCCAGGCUCUAGCUAUGCAGUCCGUAGCGACUGUCCGAAAGCGCAAGCAGCGCAAUCUAAGUGUGAACCUUGAUCAGGCACAACCUAAACCACUGCAGAUUGUGCAGGAGGAUGGCCAGGGUGGUUCCAUUGCCUCCGCUGAUUUUAUCUCUCCGCCUCGUGGAGCGCGCCGCAAGGGGCCUCUGUCCAUGGUUGGACGGGCGAAUGCUGGACUGCGAAGGAAGAACAAGGACACGUGUGUCCAGUGUCGCCUGAACAAGCGCAAGUGUGAUGGGAAUGCUCCGUGUGAUGCAUGUCGCCCUACGCUGCAUGAACAGCCUUGCGCUCGCGCCUGCUUUGCCAACAUCGUUGAAUAUGGGGUUUGCAAUUAUAUAUCUCAACGAGCGGUCAACCACCCAACCCUGGAUGGAACAAGGAGAGUGCGAAUGGAAAUCCCUUCGGAAUUUGAUCUCAAUGAUCUGAUCUCAUUCCUCGGUGAGCGCCAAGGCCGGUUCAAUAUACGUGCCAGCCAGUCCUGGGGAUCUCUCUACACGCUGGAUCUGGCGGAAACCUACCGGUUCUUGCGUGGCUUAAGCGAGUAUAAUGGCAACUCCAAGUCGACCUUCCUCGAAUUCGUUGACCGACGACUUGUCGAGUCGAAAGACAAAUCUAAGAACUGGCUUACUUGCGUGAAAGACUGCGACCCAAUGAACAAUACCUACACUCUCCUCUCUAAAUGGAACAAUAUGCCUAGCCGUGCGAGCUACAGCAUUGUCCCUCUUCAACCAGGUGACCCAGAGAGACAAAUGGAUAUUGAUAAUCCCGAAGAUCGACGAGAGAUUCUCCUGGCAGCCCAAUUGUCGCGCAUCAUCUGCCGCAUGCUCGAAGUGGAAGGUUUCCGCAAGUUGGAACGCGAUUUCUACAACAUCAAGUGGAAGCAGAUUUCUCAGGAUACGCACUUGCGGUUCCUCAACGAACUCGGCCACAUACUGUUGACUCUUCGCUGGCGGAUGUCCUGGUGGAAGCAACUCGGAGAUGGCGGUCGCGAACCGGAUCCCAGCAAACAGCAUUAUGUCGACCGAGUCCAUCUACUGUGCAGGAUUCUUUACGUUUACUAUACUUGUGUGAUGGCGAAACUCCCUUCAUGGUCCGCCUCGGAGGUGCCUAAGGGGACGUGGUCCACGUACGCGGACUCGGAGAACGCUGUCUGGGAUGAUUUUCCGAGCGACCCCACUGAUGACGGCUUUGCCCGCUGGGUUGAACGUGGGCAGGAGCUGAUUGAGCAGUCAGGGGCUCCGGUUCGGGUGUCCAAGAUGUGAACAUGGCCCGAAAACUGAUUCCACUUCAAGCAUGCAAAGAACUGCCGGAUUGACUGAUAUUGACUGCACUUGAGAUACCCUUUUGAAGCGUGUUUUUGUCUUUGUUUUUAUUCUUGGCAAUGUUGACGAAUGAUGAUUGUUGAAUUGGCCACCUUUGGACGACUGGUCAUACGUGAAUCUCCUAUGGUUAUAGUUUAUGACUUCUCUUCUCAGACAUUUUUUUUGUGUAUACCAGAAUCUACAUAGAAUCAUGGGACAAUUCUUCUCUAGUCUCAAAACAGACUUACAGAAAACCCUG